GGGGCGGGGCCGGAAGCGGCGGCGGCGGCUCGGCCGAAUUCGGUGGCGCCACGUCUGGCUCGGGGUCUCCUCCGUGACCGGGCGGCGGCGGGAGCGGCUGAACUUUCGUCUCGUCUCGUCUCGUCCUCAGCGGUCGGUUUGGCGAGGCCUCGGCGGCCAGACGUAGCGGCGACAUGUCGGACCUGGGGGACUGGUUCCGAAGUAUCCCGCUGAUCACCCGCUACUGGUUCGCYGGCUCCAUCGCCGUGCCGCUCGUGGGCAAGCUGGGCCUCGUCAGCCCCGUCAACCUUUUCCUCUGGCCCGACGCCUUCAUCCACCGCUUCCAGAUCUGGCGGCCGAUAACAGCAACUUUCUUCUUCCCGGUGGGACCUGGAACGGGAUUUCUCUACUUGGUGAAUUUAUAUUUCUUGUAUCAAUAUUCAUCAAGAUUAGAAACAGGGGCUUUUGAUGGAAGGCCAGCAGAUUACAUGUUCAUGCUCCUGUUUAACUGGAUCUGCAUUGUUAUAACUGGCUUGGUGAUGGACAUGCAGUUGCUGAUGAUUCCACUCAUCAUGUCAGUACUUUAUGUGUGGGCCCAGCUGAACAGAGACAUGAUUGUAUCAUUUUGGUUUGGAACAAGGUUUAAGGCCUGUUACCUUCCAUGGGUUAUUCUGGGAUUCAACUACAUCAUUGGUGGAUCAGUCAUCAAUGAGCUGAUAGGAAAUCUGGUUGGACACCUGUAUUUCUUCUUAAUGUUUAAAUAUCCAAUGGAUUUGGGAGGAAGGAAUUUUCUGUCCACACCUCAGUUCCUCUACCGCUGGCUGCCAAACAGGAGAGGAGGAGUGUCAGGCUUUGGUGUCCCUCCUGCCAGCAUGAGAAGGGCUGCAGAAGAUCAGCAGGGCGGUGGAAGACACAACUGGGGCCAAGGUUUCCGGCUAGGGGACCAGUGAAGAAUUCCUGCCCUUGGAAAACAGCAACUCUUUGGUUUCAAUUGGACRUAGAACCGACUGUUCCUGGUGCAGAGCAUGCUUAAGAACUGAGCUCUCUGUAGUACUCUUGGAUUUGACUGAUUAGAAAGAAAGAAUUUUUCUGGUUGAAGAGCAAACUAAAAACUCCAGAAGGAAAAAAUGUAGAUCUUGCUCCAGGUUAGCCAGUAGUGUCCAGUGUGAUUCUGCCAUUAAAAAUAAGCCUUCUUUAUACAGUAUUGUCUGUCAUAACAGGAUCCAUUGGCUGUCCUGUUCCAUGAUGGAACAAGCUAGUGGUGUUCUGUCUUGCCUGGUAUGUUAAAAGCUUUGUUGACCACAGUAAAGUAAAAAUCUAGUGUGAGGCAGAUGUCUCAAAAAAGCCCCCAGUUUAGGAAGCUGACUUUUUCCAUAGCUGUGCUUGAGUCCCAUGGUCUUUGGAAACAUUAUUUAAGUGGUAUCUCUCUGCUGCAUUUAUAAAGCAAAUUGCAAAUGUUUCAUUUCUGUUAUUAAGCUGUGUUUUGAGCAGAGCUUUUUCUUGCCAUGCAGCAUUUGUCCUACCUGCUACAUCACGGGCUGGGCAAGGUUAAGGAUCAGAGGGCUUUUGAUUGAAAUGGCAAAAAACAGAUACUCACAGAAUUGAAGUCUCUCAACUCUUCAUGGCRUGUUACAAAGCUUGUUCUGGUGAAACUGAAGUUGUCUGGCUUGUUUUUUCCCCCCAGAUCUGUGAAUUCUUGGCUUCAAGGUUUCUCUUUUCAUUGCCAAAUUGGAUAGCAUAAAUACUGCUUAAACUAGAAAAUGUAACAUUAUUGUGGUUAAUGUAAAGGGUACUGACUGCAGCGUUGUUUAACUGGAUCUUCAGCUUUAUCUUAAAAGCUUUAAAACGUUAAAGAAUCAAAGCUGGAAAUAAUCUUUUGCAGGGUGAAGAUACAAUAUAACAGGUUACUGCAGGACUCGCUCAUCCUCGAAUAAGAAAUUGUGUACACUGUU